UUAUUCUAUUAGUUUCUCUGUAGCAAUGUAUUUAUUCUGAAAAGGGACUAGGCUAAUUCAUAAGGGAGGGAAAGAGAAAGGGAAGGAGGAAGCGCCCUGUCACUAGACUUACACAGCAAUGACCGCGGCACUAAGUGUUAAGCACAUUGUCAAGUAGCAAUGGAAAGAUGAGGCUGGAUGACUUUUAAGUCAUGAGAUCCUAUGGUCUGCAUCUUUCACACUGUGUGUCUGUGUAUUCCUGCGUGUGUGCGUACGUGUGUUUGUUUGUAAGAGAGAGAGGGCUAGAGAACAAGAGCGAGACAGAAACAGGCCGAGAGGAGAUAAAGGGGAAACGCAGUGCAGUAAGAGCAGAUCGGUGGACUCAAAUUUCUUGCGCUUUACAUCUAAUGUUGUAGGAAAGAGGGUGAAGGGGAGCGGAAAGGGGAGGGACUGCACUCCCUCUACGAGCGCCCAGCCUCGACUGCUGGGCGGAUCACCUUCUGCUCCAACAAAGCCAGUUCCUACUCGCCAUGACUCAUGCCUAUUGUGCCAGGCAGGGCGCACUCUACCGUACAACCCCACAAGUGGCAACGGCUUGGUAAGACGGUCCCCGCCAGGCUAGGCAGUGGAGCGCCGCACCGCGCACCUACCCGCCUCCCGGCCACCGCCCUAGCAGUUCCAACCCAGCGCCAGCAGGCCUGCUCGAUCGAUCUUCGAGCCGAAGAUGCGGCGGGGCUGGAAGAUGGCUCUGUCGGGGGCACUGCGGUGCUGCCGCCAAGUACUGUCCUGGGUGCCAGUGCUUGUUAUCGUCCUCGUCGUGCUCUGGUCCUACUAUGCCUACGUCUUUGAGCUCUGCCUGGUGACUGUGUUGAGCCCAGCAGAAAAAGUUGUCUACCUCAUACUCUACCAUGCCAUCUUUGUGUUCUUUGCCUGGACCUACUGGAAGUCUAUCUUUACACUACCACAGCAGCCAAACCAGAAGUUUCACUUGUCUUAUACAGACAAGGAACGCUAUGAAAAUGAAGAGAGACCUGAGGUACAGAAGCAGAUGCUUUUCGAUAUGGCCAAGAAGCUACCAGUUUACACAAGAACCGGGAGUGGAGCUGUACGAUUUUGUGACCGAUGCCAUUUAAUCAAGCCAGACCGCUGCCACCACUGCUCUGUCUGUGCCAUGUGUGUAUUAAAGAUGGACCAUCACUGCCCAUGGGUUAAUAACUGCAUUGGAUUUUCCAACUACAAAUUCUUCCUUCAGUUCUUAGCUUACUCUGUUCUCUAUUGCCUGUAUAUUGCUACAACAGUCUUCAGCUAUUUCAUCAAAUACUGGAGAGGGGAAUUGCCCAGUGUUCGCUCCAAGUUCCAUGUCCUUUUUCUCCUCUUUGUGGCCUGCAUGUUUUUUGUCAGCCUUGUGAUUCUCUUUGGUUACCACUGUUGGCUUGUCAGCAGAAACAAAACCACCUUAGAGGCCUUCUGCACUCCAGUGUUUACAAAUGGCCCAGAGAAAAAUGGGUUCAACCUUGGCUUCAUCAAAAAUAUCCAGCAGGUGUUUGGAAAUAACAAGAAGUUCUGGUUAAUACCUAUCGGGUCAAGCCCUGGUGAUGGACACUCCUUCCCUAUGAGGUCUAUGAAUGAGUCACAGAAUCCAUUGCUAGCAAAUGAAGAGCCCUGGGAAGAUGAGGAUGACAGCCGAGAUUAUCCAGAAGGCUCAUCAUCUCUUGCUGUGGAAACGGAAACAUAGCAGUUCUCACAUUUCUCGCAUCUCUCAGACAGGACCCACCACCUCCCAUGAGGCUUACAGAGUUCUAUAUUGGGAACCAUUCAAUCUUCAAAAAAAAUCACCGUGGUGGAUCGAAAGUUUCAGAGUUUAAAGUCAUUCCAUCAAAGAGUUGUUGUGCAGAGAUGUUUCAGGACAUUACAGGAUAUUUGUUUUACUGACUCAACUCAUCAAUUUGGUAGCUACUAAUUAUGUCAGUGUUACUUUUUCUUUCUUCAUUUCAUUUCCCCUCCCCUAAUUCAUGAAAGCCUAAAUGUAAUAUCUGUACCUUUCUGGAGGCUCUUUUCAUUCAUCCUGUUAGAUAAAGGAGAAUUCUAAAUUCUUCCUUGGAGUCUUUCAUUACACUGGAAAGACUAUUAACCAUAUCUAUAGGGUCUUGUGGUACUGAGGAGAAUCAGAAUAAGUUUGCUGCUUGUAGCAUGUGCAUUUAUAAACAUGUGCAGCAUAUAUAUACACAAAAUUUCGUGAUGUUGUGUAAAUCAAGGUAAAAAAAAUCAGGAGCCUGAAGCUUUUAUUUCAUCAUGCUUUUUCCCUAAGUAGCAUUUGAAUAUUUGCUGAGAUUUGAACACUAUCCUAUAUCAGCCUAAAAUUGUAGAGGAAGAUUCAACACACUAUUACCAAGGCCCUCAAAUUGGAAAUUGAACAACCAUGUAAAACCUGUUCUCUGUCCUGGAAAAGUAUCUGUCCUAGAGGUUCCUGAAACACUGCUGCUAAUAGAUGAGAUUAGAUCAAAUCAGAUUUUCACUUUAUUAAACAUAACAAUUGGUGUUUUAAAAAUUUUAAUGCCAGGCUGGCCAAAUUACCUAAUUACUUUUAUUCCUUUCUCUGUCUGGCUUUGUUUUAGCCCGUAUGAAUUACAUUUAUGAUGAAAAGAAAAAAAAACUAUAAGCCUCAGUUAUAGGCCAUAGGUUUUGUAAAGGGGUUUAAGGGUGACUUUCAGGUUUAAUUACAAUGCUGUUAAUAAGGGUAAAAUUUCACAGUUGACAUAAGCCCAAGGACCAGCACUAAAGAUCCGUGUUUUCACAGCAGGGGUUAAUGUACAGAUAUUGGUAAACUAACAGUAAUAUGUCAAUCCUUUCUUUUAGCCUCAAUGGUAGCUCAGACAUUAAGAUAGCUUGCAUCCAUUUCCCCAUUUAUUUAUAAUCAGCCUUUCUUUUAGUCCUAGUAUCUGAAUCAAUGAGUAUGGACACUAAUGCUGCUUUUUUAUAAUACCUAAAAGUAUUGAAAUAUUUUUUUCAACCAAUGCAGUAGUGCCAGCUGUGGACAAGAGAAGCCCCAACUGUUAGAGGCAUCUUACUGAUAUCAAGGAAUUGAGUCCCUAGAGGGAUGGUUAACCAAAACCCACUGCCGUUGAGUCGAUUCCGACUCAUAGCGACUCUAUAGGACAGAGUAGAACCGCCCCAUUGAGUUUCCAAGGAGCGCCUGCCAGAUUCGAACUGCCAACCUAUUGGUUAACAGUCGUAGCACUUAACCACUAUGCCACCAGGGUUUCCAGAGGGAUGGUUAGGUUUACUAAAUUUACUAAAUUAUCUCCCCUGAAACUUUUUUUUUUUAAUAAAAAAAGAGAGAGAGAGAGUUGUCUACCACAAACAAUCAGCAGUCUAGGCUCUGGUGGACCUGAGAAAGUGAGCAAUCCAGCUACUUAAAGCAACAAAACCUGAUCAUUUGGACCCUCUAGGUGAUUUUGGGAAACCCUGGUGGCGUAGUGGUUAAGUGCUACGGCUGCUAACCAAAGCGUUGGCAGUUCGAAUCCACCAGGCGCUCCUUGGAAACUCUAUGGGGCAGUUCUACUCUGUACUGUAGGGUCGCUAUGAGUCGGAAUUGACUCGAUGGCACUGGGUUUAGUUUUUGGUUUUAGGUGAUUUUGACCAAAAUAAGAUUUUAGCAUAAAUUAAAUGGGUUGUGAUCAGCAUUUCCUUUGAGAGAUUGUUGUGGUAUGCCAUCAAGUUGAUUUCAACUCAUAGCAACCCUAUGUGACAGAGUAGACCUGCCCCAUAGGGUUUUCUUCUUUACGGAAGGAGAUCACCAGGUCUUUUCUCCUGUGGAGCUGCUGGGUGAGUUAGAAGCCCCAACCUUUCAGGUGGCAGCAGAACACUUAAUCACUGUGCCACAGGGCUCUUUUUUGAGAGAUCACUGUUGUUGUGUGCAGUCCAGUCAAUUCCUAUAGAUAGCGACCCUAUCGGACAGAAUAAGAACUGCCCUAGAGGGUUUCCAAGGCUGUAAUCCUUAAGGAAGCAGACUGCCACAUCUUCCUCCUGGUGGGUUUGAACCACCUCUUGGUAAGCAGCCUAGUGCUUAACUGUUGCACCACCAGGGCUCCUUUUUUAGAGAUUAGACAUGACUUGAUCUAUUAGAGCCAGAGACUGUUCCUCAAACUCAGAAGCUUGGAAGUGGUCUAGAAGACUAUGCACACUGGGUUUCAUGAUGAAAUUGUAUAUGCUCAGAUGGGAAGAUGGGAAGAUUUUUCCCUGUUUCUCCUCUUCCUCCAAAAACACUCUCUUGUUUAGAUUCCUCUUGACAGCUUAUUUGGCCAUCCACAUGGUCUUAUGGCAGACAAGCCUUGCCUUCUAUUUAUACAGAAAUGCGCCUUUCUCUAGAGGUAGGGCCUUUACAUACUUCACAGUCAGUGGGCCUCAAAGCAAUCUCCCCUUUUCCUGUCUGUCAUCUUCUGCCAAGAGUUUUAGCAGCGCAGCUGUUAACUAUGAUCCAAAGUCAUGAAGGCAUCAGGAAUUUCUUUGAUACAUAGAGUGUAUGAGCACUCACCUUUCACAGAUAUCAGGUCACAAAAGACAGUGUCAGUAAACUACAGGGAAGCACUGGGAAAGUAAGCUUAGGAGAGCUAUCAUUUCAAGCUAAUUAAUGUCUUACAGACUUACACAUAUUUAAAAGGCCAAACAAAUCAGAGUUUUCCCUGGAGUCUUGGAGGAAAAAGAAACCCUAUUCCUAUCUUAGCACCUUGAUCCCGCUAAUUUGUAGAUUCUGAUAACGCAUCAGCAUAAAUACCCCUACUCAUAGGUCAUCUGAGUACUGACUAAUGCACAUAGGCACUACCCCCCAAACUGAUUAUUGGUAAAGAAUACAGAAAGAUUUGUUUGAUAAUCAGUGCACCCUGAUCUGACUCCUUUGCUUGCUUAUCCUUGGGGCUCUCUGCCCAGUAACUUCUAUGGGAUCUCACUCCCCAAAUUCUUUGAUACUCAUCUUCUCCAUUUGCAAAAUGAAGAUAUUUAUUGUUAGGAUCCUACAGCUGAAAGGUGCUAUGUAACUCCCUAGUGCUCUUAUAUGUCUUUAAUUGCAGGACUGGAAUGAAAAGUUUAACUACCACAGUAUUUCUAAGCGAACUGGUGUGCUGCAUUCUUUCUUCAGUGCUAUCAUUGCUGAUUUGUUCUUGCAGAGCUUAGAGUAUUUUAUUAAUGUUCUUCUACUCAUUCCAACAAUGUCUUCGGAAAAACAGACAGAAGAAAAAUUUUCUGCAUGGCACAGCUGGAAAAAUUAAGGGUAAAAGAAACAAAAUGCCCUCCAAAGGCACAUAGCUAUCUUGGGAAGAACUCACAGUUACUGCGUCCAGUACACUCUUUUAAAGAGACUUGGUUUCCCGUUAGUGGAACUAUCAUGGAGCAGCUUAGAACUCUGAGAGGAAUUAGGGCAGGAUCACAGCCCAAAAGAGUCCCACUUUUCCAAAUUCUGAAAGUAUACAGUUUAUACAACUCUUAUUUUCUAUGUGACAGAAAUGUAAUAUGUGCCUCUUUCCCCCACUGGCCCAUUGUGACACGUGUAUUUCACACUAUGUGGCAUCAGCCAGUGCCAUUAUCUCCUGUGGCCCUCAUGGAGCCAAAUCUCAGGGCGGUCUUUGCCAGGGAAAAGAAUGUGCUUCUCACAUUUAUGCCAAAUUGCACAAAGUGUAAACACUGACAUUAAUGGAGAUUUAAGCACAAUCCUAGCAGGUAUGUUUUAAGAAUAUUGAAUAUACAUUAUUGUAACAUGCACCUGAAAUUUAACAAGGCCCAAACUCACAAGAAUGUAACAGUCAUGUGAAUCCCAUCUGUUUCACCUCUCAUCACACAUAUAUACAAACACAUGCACACACGCUUGCGUGUGCAUGCUCAGACACACACACACAAAAACACACAUAAACUGCCCCCAAACCAGGCUGACUGGUCACCAGAAGCGAAUACUUUAAAGGAAUGAUUCUCUGUGCUCUCCUUUCAGAAAAAAAAAAGUCCAACAGUCUUAACAGGCAAAGAAAAUUCCAGUAAUACAUUCCAGAACCUCUGCCCCAGAGUGGCUAAGAUACUCAGUACAAAAGACAUGUUCUGUGCCUCUGUCAGUCAGAGCGUAUCUAACAAAAUUGUUAGACCCUUAUACAAGUCCCAUUUUCUUAAAAAAUUCAUGAGCUCCAUCUAAUCAGUAGGAAAUGAUUUGCAAGGUAUGGUACUUCUGCAUUUCUUUAACCAUGACUGUAAUGUACCAUAUUAAAUUGUAGGCUUUUGCAUGCAGUUGCGAUAUAAUAAUGAAUGAGUGGCUUCUAAUAGUAACUCAUGACUGUUUACUUGCCCCAAAGGGCUAGGUCUGUGUCCUACACAGUAUUCAAAACUAUUAAAUUUGUUUUUUGGAGCAGCCUGGUAUACAACCAUUGGCAGAAUGAGUUUUUAAAAAAUACAAUGAAUGCAAUACAUGAGGAAAUAGAUUCUUAGUAGGGAAUGGCAUUAAAGCAAAAAAAAAAUGAUAUCAGAUGCAUGCAGGGAAUAAUUGCUUUCACCUAGAUGGCUAAAUCAGCAAAGGGACACAGCAGAAAAGCUGGGGUUGGGUCUUGGUAAUAUAUGCAAAGCACUGGAGAGUCAGAAGAAGAAAGGCACUGGAGGCUUCAGCAAUUCAGCUCAAGUUGCCAAUUUGCUACAAAUCCUUUUUUUCCAUCAAUCUGCUCAAAAGUGAUUGUACUCAGAUUUUCUGGAGCCAUGGAGGCUGAAUGAACCCCUUAAACUAUUACCCUGUGAUAAUCUUUAAACCUUAAACCAAAAAUAUCCUCUGAAGUCUUCUUAAAACCAAACAGUAGUUUAGCUUAACUAGUAAAAAAACAUCUGCCUUGAGCAUUCUGCUCUUUUAAGAUCGAUCUAUAUAGGAUAAAAUUGACAACAGCAACUCAAAAGAUUAGAUAGGAAACUUAGGGGGCAGUGAGAUUAUGUUAAUGGGAAUAAACAACUUGGAAAAGAGGGGUGAGAAUAGUUGCACAACUUGAAGAAUGUAAUCAUUGUUACUGAAUUGUACAUGUUGAAAUUGUUGAAUCGAUGUAUGUUAUGCUGUGUAUAUUCUCAACAACAACAAAAAUAAAUCAUAUAUAAAAAGUGAUUGUAUAUAGUAUCCUUAAAACCAUGUGUCUAGCUGCAGAAAUAUUGACAAAUGCUGGCCAGCUUUAUCUUUUACGUCCUUUAUUAAAAGUAUAUGCAUAAAUUGUCGUUUCUUUUAUAUAUUAUGGUUUUGUUAAACAAUGUUGGGGAAGCCUAAAUUUUGAAACGGCUUUUGUGGAAGUUUUUACAAAUCUCAUUUCAUGGGGUAUAGUAGAGUUUAUUCACUCGUGGUUUGGUUGGUACGUGUGGUAUAUAGAAUUCUCUGUAACAUCUAUCUUUUGAACACCCUCCCCACCCCACAAUGUGUUCAAUGUUUCUUAUGUUCGUAGAUGGAUAUGAGUUAGCUAAUUAACAACAAUGACUUUUAGAUAGAAAGCUGACCAGUCUAAUGGCACUUAAUCAUUUUCAAUCUCUACUCAGCCUCAGACAUCUUUUGCCUUUCAUUCUGUCAUUGUGAUAAGUGAAAA